AACCCCGCAGGUGAAUUGUGGGAUACGUCCUGGUAACCAAAAUAUCCCACCACAACUUCCGCUGAAUAUUUCCUGUAAAUGUUCCAACAAAGAGAAAAUUCAGAAGCUUUCUGUUAUGUUUUUAGUAUGUAGAGUGUUUUGGUGCCUUAGUUCUACGAAAUGUGAUGUUACUUUUGAACAGAGGAAUGCUUACUAAAUAUUCGGUGUUAUUGAAAAACGCGGAUGCGUAGUUUACAUCGUAUGCGUAAACCGGUCGAUUACGGACAAGAAAAUAUUCACAGGAAUGGAUAAUAAACAAACGUCAAAGAAAUCCUCUAAAAAGAAUGGGGCGUCAAAUGAUAAAAACAAUAACAAAAACAAUAGCAAGAAGAAAAAGAAAAACAGGAAGUCUGCAAAUAAGUCCGAUAAUAAGGACAGUGACCAGAGCCCAGAUAUUUUAGAAAUCGAAGGACUCGGUGCUUUGGAUAACACGCAAGGAGUAGAUUCGGAUUCUUCACAUGCAUGCCAGGAAAGUUCUAAAGGAGGACCAAACCGUACAGCGAAUGUUUCUCAAAACAGACUGGAAGAUGCUUCAACUGCCGUGGGAAUCGUUGUUAAGAAAGCACCGGCCUCAGAUCUUCAAAUUAGUGCUUCGUCCAUCACCAUAAAGCCUUCCAAAUCACAUGAACCUCUCAAAGAACAUCCAAUAAAGGACCAUUCUUCCGCUAUGCUUACAAAACAGAGGAGCAUAAUCUCCAAAAACAAUAAAUACAGAACAAAUAUCAACAAUACUUUGAAAACGGGAUAUCAAUUUGGUGCUAAAUCAAGAAAGAACAAUGACUUUUCUUCCAAUGCAAGCGUGAGUAAGAACGAGAGUCUAAGAUGGGACAAUCCGGCUGAUGGGUCAGACGAAGAGGAAGAGAGAAUUAAAUUAUACAAAAUUAACAGAAGAAAAAGAUACUUAGCAGCAGCUCAAGCAAAAGGACUAGGCUGGGCGGCUAACUACAAAAACGGCACGCCAGUGACAGAAGACUCAGGGAUAGAGACCAAGGAACCCCGAACGGCUACUAGGAACGAUAGUCACGCUAUCUCGGACUUCAGCACAUUAAAAAGUCUGGCACCAGCUGGGUCAAAUUCAGGGCUAGCUAUGGUGGAGUGUUGAUGUUCUCAUGUUAUCGUUAAUUUAUUAAUAUUCCAUAGUAAAACAAUGCAUGUCAUUUUCAUGAAUUCUGAAAUGUACGCAUGUUCUCGUUCAUUAUUCAUGCAUGUGAUAAUUCUGAAGUUAGUGGGAGUAUGAAAACUUUCUUUCUUUUAUAUACAGAACAUGGAUUUAAAUUUAUAAGACAAUCUAAACGUACUAAAUAUUGUGUAAGCUUUCUGUUAAAAUUUUAUAGGAUAUUGUUUACUCCAAUUACUAAAUGCCAUUUUUCCAUAUACAUGUAGUCUUGUGUCAUCAGUGCUCAAUGAGACCCAUUCAUGCGGAAUUUAGUUUUAUUAUUAAUUACUACUAUGUUUCCUAGUCAUUUGUGUGUAUUGUAGUCCUACUUGUUUCAACACAUUGCAUAAUAUUUGAUUUCAUGACCACCAUGUAAUAGAAUUCACAUGAUAAAAUCUUGAUUAUUUAAAAAAAAAUUCCUUUCCCCAAAUUAAGUUUAUAUGUGAUGUAUAUAAAAAGUUAACAAUCGAUAGUUUUGGUAUGAAGACACUUUUUACAAUGUAAAUAUUGUUCUGUUGCAGUUUUGUGGAAAUUAAUCUCCACUGAGUAAUAGUAUAUUUGAUUAUUUAGUGUUAGAAUGAUAGGCUUAUUCUCGUUGUACAAAUAGAUAAAUCUUCAAAUCCUUAACCUCUGUGCAUGUACCACUCUCUCAAGACAAAAAUACCUCAGUUGUUGCAGUUUUUCUGUUGUUCACUGACGGCCAAGGGCUAAUUGUAUCAGCAAAAUCAUUUUUGUAGUAUUGUAUAUGGUUUCCGUAUGCAGUGCAAUUGAAAACUUAUUACUGGUUUUGAUGGUGUAGGUUAAUUAUUGUCCAAUAGAUAAUGUCGGGUUUUGUAUGAUUAUUGGUCUUCUAGAAUUUUUAAAAAAUAAUAUAAUUUUAUAAAAAUGACAGUAAAUGUGUUUUGAAUGCUAUUACAUGAAGGUUGGAAGUUGAAUGUAAGUGCCGGGUCCACACUACAAAAUUCGAUAGGAGGCGCACUGAUUUGGAUAACCCAUAACACGGUGUGGGCGUGAUUUGUACUGAAUAUUGUUAAGUAUAUAAAUUGGAUUAAGUGGACCCGGAUUAAUCUACAAUGCCAUUUGCACACGCCCACGAAGCAUGACCAUUUUCAUUUUUGCUUAUAUAUUUUCAUUUUGCUACUGUACAUGUAUCACAUGCCUUUCUUACAUUUAAGUUGAUUCAAUGAUUUUAGUAUUUAAUUGUUUUAUUUACCUUUUCAUGAGUCUCUGUUCUUGAUGUAACCUUGAAGCGAUGAUUUCAAGUACGAUGAUUAACAUACAAAUCUGCUAUUUUUAAUAUUUUGUUUCAAUAUAUCACCCUAUAAUAAAAUAGUAUGAUAAUUCA